GUUGCUGUUGCCCUAACACUUUUGUGGUCGAGAGUGCGAGGUGCUGUUUAGCCUGCGCGGGAGUUCAGCCGUCCGAUGCACGAGCCGAGGCCUGGGUUUGUGUGACGGCCAAGACCUCCGAAGUAGCUCUGCCAUCAUAUGCAGCUGGCAAACAUAAGCUUCGUGUGGCUCUGUAGUAUCCUUACCCACUCAUUGAUAAUCUCCUUCACUGCUGAAAUCGCAAUGGCUGACUACAAGCCCGAAAGCAUGGUUGCUCUCAUUCGUCAGUCUCCUCCCAUCGACGUAACCACCGCAUACGAUGCUGCCUGGGUCAAGGACAAGGUCAUACUGAUAACAGGAGGAGCGAGCGGCUUUGGUGCUGGCUUCGUGCGACUGUGGGCAAAGAAUGGCGCAACCGUUGUCGUUGGAGACAUCAAUGUCAAGAUGGGCGACACACUCGUGCGCGACGUGCGCAAGGAAGCAGGCCACGCCCGCGUGCACUUUGUGCAUUGCGAUGUCACCGACUGGCAGUCGCAGGUCAACCUGUUCAAAGAGGCGGUAAAGCUGAGUCCACAUGGUGGAAUUGAUACAGUCGUUGCAAACGCCGGCAUCGCAGGCAUGGAUGUCCUGCCAGAGGGCAAGAAUCUUGAUGCUGCAGAACCCCCUCCGCCGAACUUCAAAAUUAUGGACGUGAACUGUACUGGUGUCCUGUACACGACACAUCUCGCAUACUUCUGGCUCCCAAAGAACCCGGGCUCGAAGCCAUGUAGCAUAGACUCAAAGCCCUCUACCACAUCGCCGCGCGACCGACAUCUGCUUCUGCUUGGGUCCAUAGCGUCACUCGCACCUAUCGCGUUACAGCCGCAGUACAAUACAGCGAAGCAUGCCGUACUGGGUCUCUUCAGGAGCUUGAGGUGUACAAGCUCGCUGCAGGGAAUACGAGUGAACUGCCUGUUCCCUUACUUCAUCGACACACCAAUCAUCCCUACGUUCGGCCGACUUCUAUUGGCAGGUGGUGCGAUGGGUCAAGUUGAAGACGUAGUCGCUGCUGGGACACGCUUUGUGUCUGAUCGCCGUCUUCUCGGUCGCUCUUUGGUGGUUGGGCCAAAGGUGCAUGUGCGCCAGAAGGACAAUGGCGAGUGGGAACUCGUGACGCCAGGAUCACCGGGCAGUAUCGAGACCGCAGUGUUCGAGCCAUACGCAGACGACUGGGAAGAUGUGGAUACGUGGGACCGCAACAUUAUCAAAAUUCUCAAUCUGGUGCAAAUAGGUCGCGGAUGGGUGGGGUGGGGUCACGACAUCGUCAAGGCUGUCUUCUACGGAUUUGGAUUUGGGCGCAAGUGAUCGAGCAUGGUCACGCGCCCAGGCCUGCCUUUGCGCCGAUUCUAUGGGUGCGCCGGAUAGUUCGGCGCGUUUUGGGACUACAAAACCUCGUGACAACAGCGGGCGAUCGGUGGGCUAUCAAUUAUGCAAGAGCCUUCAAUAACGCGUCUGUUAUAGGCAUUUAGAGAAUGUAUAGAAAGCGCAGAGCGGCAGAGUCGCAAACACACAAUUGCAUGGCACCAACCAUGCGGAAUUUCGAUGCCGCAGGUAGAUUGCAAGGAAC